AUGGAUCCCAUCGGAGGACUUGGCAAGCCAUCUGCCCGGAUGUCCAUCUCAUCUUCGCCGACGGCAUUCCUUAGUGCCGCUUUGAUGCCCACAAAGGUGAGGAAUGUCCAAAGGACCGGGCACUUCACAGCCGAUCUUCCGACUGAGUUGAAGAACGCUGAGUCGUUGGAGGCACUUGCAGUCUCGAUGGGUGUUUCACCAGAUCACUUGCCACAGUUUGAUGCCGCAAAAACUGAAUUUCCACUGGACGCUGAUUCACACCUCCUUGCCGAAUUGGAUCCCUCCGACCACGAGGCCUUUGAUGAUCUGGCGCUGCAGGACAGCCUGAUUGAAGAGCUCUUCUUUAACAAGAAUGUAUGCUUAGUCUAUUCAGACUACUUUUCUUGA